AUGACAAAUCAGAUCACGUCGAUAUUAAAAACAGGAAGGAUGCGAUUAAAUACAUGGCAAAAUUUACUAUCAAACAAUGCAUCAUAAAAGACCAGUGAAUCCAGAAAGGACAUAAAAUGCACCUACAAUGACAGACUAUGACUUCUUGAACGAAGCAACUACAACACCUCGAAUAUCAUCAAUAUCAGCAUCCCAAGCCCUCCGCGCCUCAUCAACGCAGCACGCUUCACCAUCGACAUCUGCGUCUGGCACAUGUCCAUUACGCACUGGUCUCGAUGGCUUAGAUGAUGCCAUAUGCGCGCCUGGUACUUCAAGACCCUCAUCCAGCGGAAUCCCCAGGGGAAGUAUUACUGAAAUUUAUGGACCGCCUGGUGUAGGCAAGACUGCUAUUUCAUUGAAUAUAGCGGCCAAAGUUCUGACGGCUGGGGAUGACGAGAAAGGUUAUAUGGAUUGCACCUCAAAUCAUCACUCGAUCGCCAAGAAGAGCUCGAAGAAAGACACCAUCUCGGCCCCGUUUCAGUCCUACUUCCCGAAUGCGACAGAGAUAAAAUCUCGCUUGGGAUUGACUGCUCUCCAACAACCCCCUCAGAAUCAAGGGCAAGGGCAAGGGCAAGGGCAAGGCAAAACCCCAGCUCAAACACAACUCCAAUGGUUACUAAACCGCAAAUGGAACGUGACCAGCGACAUGAUUAAUAAGAUCACGAGAAUUGCCGCUGAGCAUCAUCUGGCCGUUCUACUACUGAAUCAGACACAUACGAAAAUUAAAGGACAGCCACGACCGACGCUUUAUCCUGCCUUGGCGGGUGGAUCAUGGGAGAACUGCGUACAGACUAGGGUUGUGAUAUAUCGUGACCACGACUACCAGGGGGGAGGGAUGAAGGUUCGAUAUGCGGAAGUCAUGAAGAAAGCUGGCAAGGUUAUUUCUGUUAGAGUUGAGGGGAAUGUUUUCCCGUUUGUUAUUGAGGAUGAUGGACUGCGAGAAUUACGUCCUACGACGGAUGCCUCACAGCAAAGUAAUCCUCUACCAUCACAAUCAGCAACAUCGACAAUGACAGUGCGGAAGCGGAAAGUAGAUGAAAUUGCCGAUAGUGAGGAUGAAGACGAGGAUGAAUUUUUGGAUGCGCAAGAUGAUGAUUUAUGGGAUGAGGAGAAUCAACAAGACAAUGACCUACUGCCAGAUGGACAAGAAUGAUAAUAUUGAAUAGAUACAGAAAUAUAC